AUGUCGGAAGCGGGAAAAAGUCUAGCGACCUUCCUGCAAAUCCAUCUGGCCUCGGAUGUGAAUGCUGUCACCCACCUGCCGUUUAUCUUGACUUCUCUCUAUCCAAACGAUUUCAAUCCCUCUCCACAUCUCGUCAAAUGGACAAAUCGACUCAACUCGUUGAUCCGUUCCAGUGAUCCCAGUGUACAAUGGACGGGGCUUUGCCUGGCUCACAAGACGUCCCAAUGCUCGAGAUCUCUGAUGAUCGACUCUGCAGCGAACUGGCUAGCAUCGUCGAUGUCCAUUGCUGUAAAAACGGAAUGCGUGCCAGUGGCUAAGGCAGCGAUUCGACUUGGGGUUCUUAUUUUAAUGGCCUGCGCGGACAUACCAGAAUUCCAACGUCAAAUAUCGACUCCGAACGUCGCUAAAUUCACUUCCUCGUUGAUUAUCCUGACCGAAAAGUCAGCGAGCUUGGAACUGAAGAGACUGUGCUUUGAUACAUUAACCAACCUCACUCUGCGAUAUCCUAACCUGAAUCGACCAUCACAUGCCGCCAUGUCCACUCUUACCUUGAAGUUUCUCAGCGGUUCAUUCCCUGUUCCUGUCGAUCAAGAACUUAUGACUGCAUCAUCUCGCCUCUUCUCCGUCCUACAUCACACGGGUGGCAAGGUUGCCUCAGCCACUCUGUGGAGAAGCGCAAUUGACUCGACUCUGUCCUUUUCGUGGUCUUCUUUCUCGGCUCUACGCACGACGUUUGGAGACGCGAGUGGGCCACGGAACGUUGGAGCCGGCCAAGCCCCCCAAGAUGAUAUCCCGCUCAAAGUCGAUGCUUUGAGGUGCUGCACCCAAGUUCUGUGUGAUUUACUCAAGUCUCGUAGCAGUCGUCCUGUCAUCGUUCCAAUCGGUGCCUUGGCUGAUUUCGCCAUGGCUUUGCUCAAAUGCAAUCACGAAGAACUUCAGGGAACAACCGUAGAUCUUUUCGUUUCGAGUCAGGAACUACUAGUGCUUCCCAAACGGCUACACUUUGCCUGUGACCUACUGGAAGCGUUGGCCCUAAGCGUCCAACACCAUUUCACCCCGCAUCUACCUCAAGUCAUCGCCUACAUGACCUAUCAUCUCCAACAGGAUCUGUCACCUCCGGAGCGGUUGCACAUCAUCACGACACUACACGCGCUCCUCCUGAAUUCACUCCCCUUGUCCUCACCAUUCCUACCGAAUCGUUUGGUGAAGGCUCUGUUACCCAUCCUCACCGUCGUGCUGGAGUCGAAAUCGCAGGCCGACGAUACUAAAAACGCCAUCACCGGGAAUGGUUCAAAGAAGAGCAAGAAGAGAGCUAGAGACAUGGAAGGCGAUCAAGUACUGAGAACCACAACAGGUGUUGUGUACCCGACAAAACAAGAGGGCGAAACAGCGCUCAUUACUCUGGAUGUACUCAACGUGUUGCAUGCCAACCCCGAGCUGGGAGAUGUUAUGCAGUCGCUCUCUUCGAGAGUACUCUUGUCGAUGCUCCUGGCCUUGCCCCAAGUUGCCCCGUCUUCUCUGUCACCUGACAUAUCCUUCCAUCGCAAACUAUAUCGCAAGUUAGAGACCACAUGUGCUGAUAUCAGCGUAGGAACCUCGAGUACUAUGAGCCGUAGUGUUCCUAUGGUAGCGAAAGCGACAUUGUCUCCGUAUGGCACGGACGCAAACCAGGAAACUAUAGAGCGACUACUACACCCCAGACUUCCGCCUCUCCUACGCACACAACCACACAUAGAAUCAUUCGUUUUGUCGCGGAAAGAGGAAAGCAAAGAAGAGGCUGAAGCGAGGGCUGAGCUAGGGCUUACGGUGGAUGAGGAAAUGGCCAGCGAUAUACCCGCUCCCUCCAGUAUGACAAUGCAAGGCCAACAAUCGAGUGUCGGAGUCCCUGCACCCGCACCAGCGGCCUGGCAGCCCCAAGCGUUCACACCAGUCCACAAUAUCACACAACAGCAAACCUCGGAGUCUACCUCGAGUCUUGCCGUAGCACCCGUUGCGGACCAAACCACCCAGCCUCCGUCGAGUUGGGAUGUUGCCUCCAAAAUUUUAAUUGUGCCGGCGACCCCACUGUCAUCGUCAAGAUUGCAAGAGACAUCUUCCCCAUCUGUGAUCACCCAUAACCACACUCAAACACGUACGGAACCAGCAGCCACCGAAGAGCUUCCGUCGAUAGACAUGGACUCGGACUCGGAUGCGGAUUCAGACUAA